AUGAAGAGCUUGCCGCCCGCAACCUCGAUCAAGGGGGUUGGGGGACACGCCGCGACAGCUGCACAAACCCCAAAGCGCGCUGGUUUCCUCGGCCGGUUUGGGGAGUAAGUCACGAUCGCAUGCCUGCCCGCUUCACCAAGAGCUCACUGGAGACAGGUAUUUCGACAAGGACACCUACAGCGACGUUACCAUUCGCUCCGGCUCGGACACCAUCAAGGCGCACAAGGUGGUAAUCGCUCAGGCCUCCCCAUACUUCGUAUCUUGCUUCGAGAGAGGAUUCAAAGUAAGGGAGCUAGAACGUCGCUUGAGUUCAGCACACUGAUGGGUGCUGCAGGAGACGAAUCAGCCCCUGAUCGAUCUGCACGAAGACGAACCAAAAGCUGUGCGAGGCAUGAUCGCCUAUGCAUAUGGCCUGCACUUCGACGGAAAACCCAGCUACGACGAAAGCCGAGCAAUCCCUUCAGCUUCGGACCAGAGCUUGGCCUAUGCAAAAUUUCAGAUCGACCUGUGGGUCGUCAGCGUAAAGUACAUGUUCUUUUCCGUUGCUGGGGAGAUACAGUAUUGCCUUAAGGAUGUGCUUGCAAGUCUUCUGCCUUCGGCAGGCUUCCCCGAGUGCUUGCUCGAGGCUGCACACCAUGUUUACGUUGAGCACGCAUCAACAGCGGCUGGGCUUCGUCCCGUCGUUGUCAUGAUGCUGAACGAGCACAUGGACCGCCUCAAGGUCGACCAGAGAUUCAGAGGCUUCUUGCUGGAGAUCCCUGAGCUCGCUUGCGACUUACUCUUGGCAGCACAUGGAGGAUCGGAGGAGGCGCAGCUGGUAAAGGCAAAGCGCAAGUUCAAGCCUACCUUCGCAAGCCUACCUUCGCAAGCCUACCUUCGCAAGCCUAGGCUUGAACCACCCCGCGGCAUCUCGUCGUAG